AUGAAUAAUGGUUCCUGCUCUCACGACAACUCUACAUGCGAAUGCUUGCCAGGAUUCACUGGUGAAAUCUGCGAUGAUAUGUGUCCUGAUGGUAGAUGGGGAGAAGGUUGUAAUCAGGAUUCUAUGGACCUAUGUGUGAACUUAAAUGUCGAAUGCAAUGUCCAGAUGGACGAUGUGAUCCAGUAUAUGGAUAUUGCAGUUGUGAAGAAGGGCUGUAUGGAGAAAAUUGUGACAAACCUUGCCCUAGUUUUGCAUUUGGAAGGAAUUGCAGACAUACUUGCAAAUGUUCGCACAGGAAAAUGCAUAUGCCGUGCCGGAUUCUACGGUCCAUUGUGCAAACGACGUUGUCCUAUCGGAUUCUAUGGGCCAAGUUGUGCCAAAAAAUGCCAGUGUACUGAUGGACUACGCUGCGACGUUGUCACAGGAGAUUGUACUAAAAAGUGUCCUCCGGGUUAUAUGGGAGAACGUUGCGACAAAGGUAUUAACAAUAUAAUUUUAGAAAAUGCAAGUAUUGGCGAAUUAGGGCAAAAAUCUUCUUAG